AUGCGGGCUGUGGCGGCGCGCCAGUGCGGCAGGGCGGAUGAGCUCCGGGACCAGCUGGCACAGGCUCGCCUGGCUGGCUCUACGGUCCUACAACCAGCAGCCUCUUCUGGCCCGGCGGACUUAACGUACGCUGCGGUCGCCCGUGGCGGUCUUCGUCCUGCAUUUCCGCCUAGGCCUGGUGCUGCCGCUGCUCAGGCAGCUAUGCUCCCGGAUGCUGCCCGUGCCGUCGCCGUUGGACCCCAGCAAAGGUGGGCCUACCUGGAGGUGGAGUCGAGUCCGAACGUCCCGGAUGAAGUCCAGGCUUACGCUGCCGGUGCCCUGGAAGCGUACCUGACGAGCAGUCUCAUGGAGGCUCAGUGGAAGAAUAUGUUCGCCCACUAUUGCGACAACCAGACCGAGUUCUGCUCUAAGCUGUACGAUUUCCUCCAGAAGAACCUCGAGUACUCGAGCCGGAACGAGAAGCGCCUGAGAGCCGUAGACCCCUACUGGAAUAUGGUAUACCUCCAAAUGCGGCAACUUCUUGGUUUGAGUGACGCCUUCGAGCAAGUCCCGCUUGACACGUCGCGGGAGAUUACAAAUGUCACCAGAGCUUUAUUCUUUAGCCUUGUGGGAGAUUUCCUGGACCUUGAGCCAGCCCUGAGGCGUACUUCAGAUUUGAGCUCUCUGAACCAAGUACCAGCGUGUUCGGCAUUGGUUAAAGUCGUCGGUGACAACGAAGAUCUCUACGUGGCCCACAAUGCCUGGUUCCUGUAUAAGAGCAUGCUGAGAAUUCAGAAGAAGUACACGUUUCCCUGGCACUAUGCGCCGGACACUAUGGGACAAAGCGAUAUAAUCCCCGGCCACACGAUAACCAUGUCCUCCUAUGCCGGCAAGCUGGUUUCCCUGGAUGACUUCUACCUGACAUCAGCCGGCCUGGUAAGAGGCAACGAUGUCCUUCCAUAA